AUGGUCUUGACGCGCAAACUAAAACAUGACACCCCGCGCCUCAGCAUGGGGGGGAUAGACAUUGGCAUGUCCAAAGAGGUCAAGCUCUUGGGGCUCUGGAUAGACAAGGCCCUGACCUUCAACGCCCAUGUAGCAUAUACAUGCAACAAGGCGUUGGCGAUAUAUGGGCAGCUGUCCAGGGCCGCAAGAGUGAGCUGGGGUCUCCACGAGGACAUUAUCAGAUCCAUAUACACGGCAGUCAUCGUCCCGAUCAUAACGUAUGACGCGGCUGCGUGGGCGCCUGCUGUCAAUAAGCUUGGAGUGCAGAAGAGACUCAACAUAGUGCAGAGGGGAUUCGCUCAGAGGAUGACCAGGUCAUACCGCACUGUAUCCCUCAACGCCGCUCUGGUGCUAGCUGGUAUCCUCCCCCUCGACCUCAAGGUGCGGGAAGCCGCAGCUCUGUACGAGGCGAGGAGGGGUGUGCCGGUUCCAUGGUUGAGCGGCAGAGAGGUUGAGCACAGGGCAAAGUUCGCCGUACAACCGCAUCCGGCGGAAACUGUAGCGGUGCAGUUCCAAUGCCUGGAAAGCCGGGCUGACGUGGACGCAAACAGCUCUUGGGAGGUUUGCGUCUACACCGACGGCAGUAAGAUCGAAGACACGGUGGGAGCGGCCCUAUCCAUCUGGGCGGAAUUGUACGCUAUAUGCGAGGCGGCGAAGUUUGCCCACAAUAGCAGCAGGAGCACCUUCGGUGUCUUCAGCGACUCCCGCUCUGCACUUGAAACGGUAGCCGACAGCGGUUCCACUCACCCUCUGGCCUUGGAGACCCGAUCGCAUAUUAAAAAUAGCCGGAAUCAGGGGAAGAUUAUCAACCUUUUUUGGGUUAAGGCUCAUGCCGGGCUCCAAGGCAACGAGCGGGCGGACCAAUUGGCAAGAGAGGCUGCUCUGCACUCCAAGCGUAAGCCGGACUACGAUUUGUGCCCCGUUUCAUUCGUGAAGCGACAGAUAAGAGAUCAGUCGCUUCGGGAGUGGAACGGGAGAUAUGUCAACGGCGAGGCGGCGGCGACCACUAAGGUAUUCCUGCCGGAUGCCAUAGCGGCAUAUAAAAUCGUUAAAGAUUUGGGACCAAAGGCAGUGCUCACACAAGUCCUGACCGGGCACGGUGGAUUCUCCGAAUACUUGUACAAAUGUACAGUUCUACAAACAAUAUCUGACAAUGUACCUAAAUCCUCAUUUGACAUUAGCCAUCUCAACUUGAGACAGUUUGAACUUGCUGAUCCUGGUUUCAGUGACUCAUCUCCCAUGCAUGCUCACCGGUGCUGA